AUGGCUACCAUAUUGCCGCCGACAGAUUUGGAAAGCACCCAGUUAGGAUAUGCUAACAAAGAAGAGUUUGAAGUACUGACCAUUGAUACCUUAAUGGAUACAGAUUGGAGGAAUCCAAUUGUUAAUUAUCUCAAGGACCCUUCAAUAGAUACAGAAAGAAAAACCAAGUACAGGGCUUUAUCUUAUGUUUUGAUGGGGAAUGAAUUAUUCAAGAAAACCCCUGAAGGGAUCCUGUUGAAAUGUUUAGGAGAAAACGAGGCGUACUUAGCAUUAUCUAGUGUACAUAGUGGAGUCUGUGGAGCACACCAGGCAGGCCAUAAGAUGAAAUGGUUGCUUUUCAGAUAUGGAAUGUAUUGGCCCACCAUGUUAAAAGAUUGUAUAGAGUUUGCUAAGGGUUUCCAAGUAUGUCAAGUACAUGCAGGAAUUCAACAUGCUCCUGCAAGUGAGCUUCAUGCAAUUAUCAAGCCUUGGCCUUUCAGAGGUUGGGCAUUAGAUCUAAUUGGGGAAAUUCGAUCUACUUAA